AUGUCCUUACAACCAAAUGGCAGAGCCAGCGGAGAGUCCUCUGGACCCCGUCGAAGGGUCCAACGGCACCGCCGCCGCAACAGAAGAGAUCGCCAGGAGCCUUACACGCAGCGUCGUGAUACUCGUCACACAAAUGGACAACAGGCUGCCAUCACCAAUGGUUCCACGACCGACGUACAUGAGACCGUGCCCGAGCCGGAUGCACAUGAAGAAGCGAGCGUAGCCAGUAUUAACUUGGAUGAACAAGCCACGGCCGAAGACAGAAAUGGCCAUCAAAACAGAAACAAUGGAGCCGGAAAUCCUCAGCAUAUGGCAACAACAGCCUCUCUAUCUUCGUCAGCUAUCACUACAGCUCAAGUUAUGUAUGACCAGCAAGUACAGGCGGCAGACAGCUUUCAGUCAGCAGCUCUAUAUGCCUGGAGUACUGCACCGAUAUCUCAAGAUGCUUGGACCCCUCUGGGUGGCGCUCGAAUUGAUGGCCCGGGGAAAAAUUAA